GCCGUUAUGCUGGCGUCACGUGUGGGCGGAGUCAAGCAAGAUCUGCUGCAUCUCUGGUACUUACGUAGUCACGCGCGCGGUUCCCGGGGAUGCAACGACACAUUUAACAUCGUCUUCUUUACUGCACUGAAAUUCAAUCAAGACGCCGUGUGUCGGGGCCGACGAAACGAUUUUUGAGAAGCUAAAUUGUCAUGGCUGAGCAGCAGAGGCAGCGUACUCUCUCCACCUCUGGAGAAUCACUGUACCAUGUGCUGGGUGUCGACAAAGUGGCCACUGCUGAUGACAUCAAGAAGUCAUACAGGAAACUGGCAUUGAAAUAUCACCCUGACAAGAAUCCUGACAACCCCGAGGCAUCAGAUAAGUUUAAAGAGAUAAACAACGCUCAUGCCAUUUUAAAUGACCCCACAAAGCGAAACAUCUAUGACAAGUAUGGCUCUCUGGGGCUUUACGUGGCAGAGCAGUUUGGAGAGGAGAAUGUCAACACCUACUUUGUCCUUUCCAGCUGGUGGGCCAAGGCUCUGUUUAUAUUCUGUGGUCUGGCAACAGGCUGUUACUUCUGCUGUUGCCUGUGCUGUUGUUGUAACUGCUGCUGUGGAAAGUGCAAACCACGGCCACCUGAAGGACAAGAGCAGGAGUUCUAUGUCUCCCCUGAAGACCUAGAGGCCCAGCUGCAGUCCGAUGAGAGAGAGGCAGGUGGAGGUGAGCCAAUCGUGAUGCAGCCCUCAUCGGCCACAGAAACCACCCAGUUAACGUCCGACGGUUACCACACCACCUACCACACUGACACCGGCUUCAACUAAAAGCUCCGCCCCCUCAACCUCCACCCUGUGGCAUAUUUCUUGCCACUCUGCACCACCUCUCUGAGGGGAAAAAAAUUUAUGGAAAGAAUCCUUCAGCUACAACAAAAAAAGCCUGUUUUUGAGAGGAGGAAAGCCAGCGUUGGUGGAAUGAUAGCUGAAUUAUUUAGCAUAUCCUGUCCCUUAUUCACAUACCACUUCCUUCACCCACACAAGAGCGGCACACAUUCGCCUCAAUGUAGCUUAAAAAUUAGUCUAAGAAAAAAGAUAAAAAUAUCUGUCGUUUGCCCUCUUCUCUUGGUUGCCUUUGACCUCCAAUCUUGCCUUCCACUUGUUCCCUCCUUCCCCAGCCAGAUUUGCUUGUCGUCCUGUGGCAUGCACUGUUCCUUGACUUCGUUAGAUGAAAUUUUCACAAUUUCGGUUUUCUUGUAGGUAUAUUUAUGGAUAUGCAAUGUUUGUUCCCAUUUAUAAGUACUUCUGAGUGUGGUUUCAAUUUGACUCUGUGAACUUGCCAUUGGUGUUUAAAGACCAACGAAGGUCCUCUGAGAAACGUGUGAUGGAAUUCUCAAUGUCCCUUUUUUUCUGUAAAAUGAUAAAAAUUUUGAGGCAAUUAACAAAAGCAUACCAGUUCUACAGACUCGCUUGCUUUGUUCAUCAAUCAGUACUGUAAUUUUCUGUUCCAUUACUCUUUUUGUUUUCUGAAAGAGAGAGAUACAAAUGAUGCAAAUGAUAACAUGCCAUUUAGUCAAUAACUAUUUUGUUGAUUGUCAAUGUUGGUGUUCCUGUGUUGUUUUAAGGACUGUUUGCAACAAGCUGAGCCAAAAUUAGGACUCUUCUAUAUAUUUGGAAUGGAUUUAAAAGUCAUCUUUGUGUGUGGUGGUGUAAUGUGAGGACUUUGCCAUAGUGUGCUGCGGUUGUUCGGUGAUGUGCGAUAACAUGUUUGGAAACUCUGCUUUGGUCUUAGUGUUCGGCUCCAUUUGGCCCAGUUGUGUCUCUCGUUGAAAGGGAGUCAUGAAUGCAAACUAACUUAAACUUCCACAGUGUCAUAUCUGAUGUCACAUCUUGUGUACGUAAGGUUGAAGCUAAUAUAGAUGAGACAUUUUUAUAUAGAUAUACAAUCUACACACAUCAUGUGUAUGUUAAGUAUAUAUAUAUAUAUAUAUAUAUAUAUAUAUAUAUAUAUAUAUAUAUAUAUAUAUAUAUAUAUAUAUAGUGCAUUAGUUUUUGCUGCAUAUAAUAAGAUUGUGUCUGUGGUACCAUCCCCUUGUUAUCAUUUGAGCACCUUUUUGCCAAGAUAUUCUUUCUAUUUUGAGAGAUAUUAUUAUUAUUUUUUAGUUUGAAGUCAUUCGUUCCUGGGUGCUGUAUAUUCUACUUAUUUAUUUAUUAAAGUGGCAAAUGCUUAAAUAUUUAAAUUCUUUCCUCUACUUGAGGACAGCUUAAAAUAACGUAAGUGCAAGACUUAUGUAUAUGAAUUUUUCUAGGCAUCAUCCAUCAUUUUAGGGAUACAUUGGUUCUUUUUUUAUUUCAUUGAAUUGAUAGAACACACUUGCAGUCAUGGAUGUUUUACAUUUUGCGUCCAGCUAAGGUUUGAUGCUACAUGUUAUGAGAAGAUAAAAGCUGUUAGCACAAAUAUUUUAGGAUUUAUUUUGAUAGGUUCUACUCUAAACUGUCUCAGAGAUGUGGCGUUAUGCUUCAAAAAUAUAAAAAAAAUGUUUUGUCAUACUUUCUCUGUGUCAUUUAGCCUUUAAAAUAUGUGAUAGGAUCCUGAUCUCUCAUUUACGUUUUGUGCUGUCUGUGAAAUUGUGAGUUAGAAGGCCUAUGGCGACAUCAUUGCAAGCCUUGGUGCGGGUUUGAGUCAUUCUCAAUAUACAUUUGAAAGUGUUUUAAUGGCCUUCAUAAACUGAUUUUUUUUGAAUCAGCAAAAUUAACUAAACAAAGAUGCCCAUUAAUUACAUAUUCUCUAAUCGUUUUUGUUAUUUUUUUUCUUCUAACAUCUCAUGCUAAUCUACACACAUAGGCAGUUCCAAAUCACACUUGUUGUCUAUGUGUUCUCAUAUUCCUUCUCAGCUCAAACUGAAGCAUAAUACAAAUAUCACCAGCCAUGUUUCUUCACAUUUAUUUUACUCUUCAAAUUGCCAGUGAUGCUUCAUUGAGUUUACAUUUAGUUAUCUAUUUCACUAUCUGCUCUCUUUCUACUUUCUCUCCCUGGUUUCCUCAUUCCUCUGCUCUAGAUGGCUUUUAAUGGAUGUUAGCUACUGUGAUCCCUUUUUCCUGUGCAUUUAUAUGUAUCAGAACUACACUCAUAAAGAGUAUGGCUUCUUUGUUGAAAUAUUGGAUUUAUUUUUAAGUUGAAUGGAUGUUGCUUAGAGAAGAAAAAAUAUACUGGAGUGUGAAAUGGUUAGGAAAUGAUGUCUUCAGAAAGAAGAGAAAAUGUUUAGUGUAAUUAUAGUGAAAUGGUAAUUUUAUGCAUUUUUUUAAUUUUAUUUAUGAGAUUAUUUUGUCAUGUUUAUAAUGAAUCGUCCUUGUUUUAAAUGGUAUGUUACAUGAAUUUGACUCAGAAACUAUGCUACUCAUAGUUCUAUGGGAAGGUCUCUUGUACAUACACUGAAUGAACUAUUAAAAUUAAUAAUAAUAGACCUUUAUGUUGUAGCAUGGUUAUUGUUUGACUAAAAGAAGAAAAAAAAAAAAACUUUUAUUUGCUGGUGUAAAAUAAAUGUUUCU